GCGGAGCGCAGAUUUCCCGAGCCCCGCCACGGUCACGGUACUGCUCCCGGUUCUCCUUUCACCGCACCGAUCCGGACGUUAUGGCGACCCUGAAGGAGAAGCUGAUCACCCCCGUGGCCGCGGGCAGCACGGUUCCCAGCAACAAGAUCACCGUGGUGGGGGUCGGGCAGGUGGGGAUGGCGUGUGCCAUCAGCAUCCUCGGCAAGGGUCUUUGUGAUGAGCUUGCUCUGGUUGAUGUUUUGGAAGACAAGCUAAAAGGAGAAAUGAUGGAUCUACAGCAUGGCAGCUUGUUCCUUCAGACUCAUAAGAUUGUGGCAGACAAAGAUUAUGCUGUCACAGCCAACUCCAAGAUUGUGGUAGUAACUGCAGGUGUUCGUCAGCAAGAGGGGGAGAGUCGUCUCAACCUGGUUCAGAGGAAUGUGAACGUCUUCAAAUUCAUCAUUCCUCAGAUUGUGAAAUACAGCCCCAAUUGCACUAUCCUUGUGGUUUCCAACCCAGUGGAUAUAUUAACCUAUGUCACAUGGAAGUUGAGUGGCCUGCCAAAGCACCGUGUGAUUGGAAGUGGCUGCAAUCUAGACACAGCUAGAUUCCGCUACCUGAUGGCUGAGAGACUUGGUAUCCACCCAACCAGCUGCCAUGGCUGGAUUUUAGGAGAACAUGGUGAUUCUAGUGUGGCUGUUUGGAGCGGAGUUAAUGUGGCAGGUGUUUCUCUCCAGGAGCUGAAUCCUGCCAUGGGAACUGACAAAGACAGCGAGAACUGGAAGGAAGUUCACAAGCAGGUUGUUGAAAGUGCCUAUGAGGUAAUCAGACUCAAGGGGUAUACGAACUGGGCCAUUGGUCUUAGCGUUGCUGAGCUCUGUGAGACAAUGCUGAAGAACUUGUACCGAGUUCAUUCUGUGUCAACACUGGUAAAGGGCACAUAUGGCAUUGAGAAUGAUGUCUUCCUGAGCCUGCCUUGUGUCCUGAGUGCCUCUGGAUUGACAAGUGUCAUCAACCAAAAGCUGAAGGAUGAUGAAGUGGCUCAGCUGAAGAAGAGUGCAGACACAUUGUGGAGCAUCCAGAAAGAUCUUAAAGAUCUGUAAUUCAAAUGUUAGAUUGCAGCAAUAGAAAAACAGCGUGUUGUGCACAAAUGUGGGCUCUCUACUCACUAUACAUCUCUGUGGUUAACAUUUAAUGCUCUUCCAGACUGAGCUUUUGUCCACGGUAGCUAAACAUAAGCUUGCUGUAACGCACAGACCUUAUGAACAAAUAAAGCAACUUUCAGGCA